ACAAAUGUAAGUUAACCUGUAACUGCCACAGAGCCUUCCAGUAGGUGUUGCCAUGGCAAUAAUUAUAACAGUUGAUCAUUUUAAAACUGAGCUGUCCCCAAAUACUAAACUCUGUAUCUGGAGAAGUCAAAGUAACACGCUACAUUAUGACGUAGGACGUAGGGUGACUGUCAUCAUGUGACUCUCACUUAUGAACCGGCGUGGCCUGCAGCAGCCUACAGCGUGUCAUCUCCUACAUACAUUCACAGCGCUGUUGUCCUAUACUUCCAGGUCCAGGUCAUCCUAUCCCACCUUUUUAAUUAUGCACACUAAGAAAGGACCCCCAUCUGAGGUUUGAGUCCAGGUGAUGCUGCUCCUUGGUCUAACGCUUUAUUGGCUGCAGCAGGGUGAAGAGACACACACCACCGUCUGGACUUUCUACCUUAUUUUAUGCUUUUCUGUUGUUAUUGUUUUUGAGACCUGUCUGCAUUCAUCCUGUUACACUACUGGUGGUCCCACAGCUUCAGGAGUCUGUCCAAAGAGGAGCCACUGCAGCUUUGUAACACGAGGGAUGAAUGGGCAGAACCAACAUGGAAAACAGCAAGCAGCCAGUGAAGGAGGUGCUCCCCCUGCCUCGCCACCCCACCCCGCUUCCUGUGACCACCGCCUCUUCCUCACUGACCCCUGCUGUCUCUUCAAAAAGACACACAGCCGGCUCCAUGCAGCACAUACAGAUGGCCUCGUCAGUGGUGACAUCCCUCAAUCACCUGAGGCCUCCCGAGAGGGACCUCACGCCGAUGUCUCAGAUGAAGUCAAUUAGGUCUCUGAGGCACGCUGGCUUCACUGCAGUCUUCACGGGGCCAACGAAGCUUGACAGCGAGGAGGAGCUGGACGAGUUAGCGAUCGUCGAUGUGAUCCUGGCUGACAUCGACUCCCUGGUGCCCACUCACGAUGAAGCGGGCCGGCCCAUAGCGGAGUGGAAACGACAAGUGAUGGUGCGGCAGCUGCAGGUCAGGUUGCAGGAGGAGGAGGAACAGAGGAGACAGGACAUGGCUAAUGGUUAUACGACAGUGGAUGGCUGGAAGUAUUCCCAAGCCCACAACGCUGUCUUGGGACCUUUUGGUGAACUCCUCACAGAAGAAGACCUGGUGUACCUGCAGCAGCAGAUAGAGUCUGUUUCAAUGCAGAAACGCUGCCAGGCCUAUGAGCUGGAGUUGACCAGGUUGACUGAGGAGCUAAGGGCAAUUUUACCUGAUCCCAUUGUCAACAUUUCCCUCAACAAAGAGGUCCUGCAACAGAUGGACUCUGAGAAGAAAAUGCAACUGACUUGGUGCAGUCGCGUCUCAGAGAUUGUGAAGAGCAUGUCUCUGCUGGUGGCCAGUCUGACACAAACCACAGAAAGAGAGGGCGAGAGGAUGAUGGCAGAAGAGAUGAUUGAGGGGAUAAGAGACUCUCCAGGAGUGGAUUUUGAACAGAUAUUCACACAACAGGCCCAAGAGACAGAUCAAGCUCACGUAGAGACCUCAAGUGGAUGUAGGAUACCGCACAUAGGGAUGGCGUCUGCUUUUAGCCAUCGCUUGGAGAGCAACAGUUUCAACAGAGCACAGAGGGAAAGGGUCAAAAGGGAGAUCCAGCUGUCCGGGGUGUCGGUGAGAAACCUCCGAUCCAACUUUGAAGGUCAGAUCGGUAGCAUUUAUCCCUUUGCUGGGGUUGUACAAGGAGGACAGGUGCUAAAGAGCCAGGCAGUGGGUGGCGCUUCUGGAGGAAAGAACCACAAUGACAACACAGGCCCCGUGUUUGAGGUCGACCAGUGUGAUACUCCUAAGACACUUGUGCCUGUAAUGGAGACUAGCAGCUUAAGAAAGGAGCGCAUAGUGGUGUUAUUCCUGAGCCACUGGAAGAAGUCUGCAUAUGCUAUUUCAGUGAGAGCAGCGAGGCAGAGACAGGGAACGGUUGUGACAGAAGCACAGCCCAACCACAAAAUCACCUCCAUGUUUCAGUUCUGCCAACAACGAGGUGCUGUGGACAAAAUACUAAACUCCUGGAGGAACAAACUCGAGCUCAAAGAUGUGCAAAAGCCUUGUCUGUCCCCUUCUAACUUCUCCCAAGAUCCAUCCCCUCUGGUAACCUAUUCCCCAGAGCAGUUCCUACCAGAUGUGGACGGUAUUACAGUGAGUCAUGACAGCUUAACUCUUGACCUCUUUAUGUUGGGUUACUUCCACAUCUUAGAGCAGGAGCUGUCGCCCGAGGAGAGGAAGAUGAGGCACCUCCUCUGCUUCGAAGUCUUCGACCACGUCGGCAGUUUUCCCUGGGAGAAGGUGCGGGACUUCCACAAGGCCGUUCUCCAGGAAAUCCAGAUGGGGAGGCGACAGUGGAGCGACGGCUUUGAGGACCUCAAAGUCCACUUCUUUGGUGAAUCGCGACAAUGCCACUGCCCGUCAUCUUCCUCCUCUCCGCUGCUGCCAGAUUCCAGACUAAUUCCGAAGGUAAUAGUUCAAAGUGUGGCUCCAGACGAGUGCGGCAUUGACACAGACUUCUGCUGCUUUAACAACGAAGACAUUUGCACAUAUAUCGACCGCAGUUUUACUUUCUGGAAGGAGAAGGAGGCAGAGCUGUUUGAUUUUGAACAUUAAAUGGGAAGUUUUUGCACAGAAUGAUGAUGAUGAUGAUGAUGUAGCUGUUUUUGGCAAACUGAACGGAGCAUAAUAAAAGUCUGCCAAGAA